AUGCCUGAGCUGCUCGACCAGUUGAAGGAACUGCCUCCAGAGCUGCUUGAAGCACUCCAGAUGCGAAUGGGGGAGGCAGCGCUGCAGCCACCGCCAGAACGAGCAGCGCCAAGUGUCAAAGACGUCAGAAAGGCUGCAGAGGAACAAGCCCCAGCGAUUUACUCUGAGGUUCUAGCCAGCUAUUGUCAUCCUGAUGCCAUUUGUCACUAUGACAAUUUACCAGAGGAAGAGCGAGGGAAGCUAUUGAAAGCUCUGAGAAUCACAGUUGAAGAGAAUUUCCAACAUAUUACUCAUCAACUCAUGAUACAAGGGCUUUCAAACAAGGUCAGUGCUAGGGCUUCAGAGCAAGUCAGAGACUCUCCACUCGUGAGAGCUUUGAGGUUGGUGAAUAAGUCGGAGGUUCUCCAGCUGGAAGCCAUAGAAGCCGUGACGGCCUCUUUGGGCAAUUGGGGUCGGAAGAUGCCGAGAGACAUCCAUGUCAUGCAACACAUGAUGAGCUACAAGGACCAUCUAUCAAAUUUUGAGCGCGGGAACGAUGGUAGCUUUAAGAUGCUGCGAACACUGCAGACGAAUUCCACACUGAUCAAGCCUGAAGCUGCAACUGGUGAACCCAGGAACUGGCAUCAGCUGCAGCCUGUUGCGAUCAAUGCCUUGCGUCUCUUUGGAGUGGCCAGUGGAAAAGUGUUGGUGGGAAAGCUGCUGGUACCGCCUAUGGUCACAGUCGGCAUCACCACCUUGUUGCAGGACGAGUGGGGGGAGGUUGUGCAGUUGGGUCUCUACAAUCAGCUGCCAGGCGGUGUCAGCGGCCAUCAAGCGCAAGAGCUGGCUGAGAAACGGUUCCCCACAGGUGCCACCCUCCGAAUCGCCGAGCCUUUCCUGAAGAUCUUUCGAGAUGGUAAGCAGGGAAUUCGAGUGGACAGUCCUCAUGACAUUCGCAUUGCCGCCUCCGGAAGUGUCCAGGACCUCUCCCAAUGCCGGGAGAGUGGCAAUGAACUCUAUAAGAUGGGGCAGUUUGAGGCAGCAUUAGCAGAGUAUUGGCAAGGUCUCCAUACUUGUGAGGAGGUUGCCGUUUUGCUGUCCAACCGCGCCCAGGCACAUCUAAAGCAAAAGUGCUGGGCGGAGGCUCUUGGAGAUAGUGCUGCUGGUUUGCUGCUGUGCCCCCACGGAGCGAAGCACCAAGCAAGAUAUGUACUUGCCCUUGAGGGCCUUGGCUUUCCUGACUUGGCCCAACGAGCUCGGAGCGCCUUCUCCAACGUCACAGGGCCGGCUGAGCAGUUGGUGCAAAAGACUCGGGCGGUGGUGCAGAUUACAUUGAAGGUGCACAGAACCAGCGUCAGGUCUGAAGAGAGCACCACCAAUCAUGCAAGUCUCAAGGAAAAGGGCAACAUGGCUUUUCGACAGGGGCACUACUCUGAGGCAGCUGCAUUCUACACGAAAUCAUUGGAAGGUCAUCCAGCUGCUGAAGAAGUGGCAAAUCUCCUUCGCAAUGUGGCAUUGUCUUCCAUCCGUGCUGGACUUCUUCAUGAUGCUUUGGCAGCAGCCGCUGCGAGCCUGAGGUUGCAAUUCCAUUCGAAAGCCGUUUAUCACCUUGCUCAUGCACUGGCACUCCUGGGUGAACUCGAUUUGUCGGAGGAAGUGCUUGAAAACACAGAGACUUUGACGACGUUGACUCAGCUCGCGAAAGAAGUGGCUACUACCAAGGAAUACAUCCGCGGCAAGUACUCGAAAGAUUUGGUGGCAGCUGCUGGUGCAAAGCACUUUUGGCCAGGGAAGUUCAUUGUAGACUGGGCAUCUGAUGCCAUUGCCGUCGAACGAGUCGAAGGCAAAGGCAGAGGACUUCGGUCGCUUCGCCACAUCGACUUUGGGGACACCUUGAUCCUCCAGCGGCCCCGGGGAUCUGUGUCGACUGAUGCCACAAGUGAGCUGCUGACUUCCACAAACACCGAUUCAGGACUCAUCACCGAUGCAGCUUCCGUGAAGCUCACGUCAAAGCUGACAUCCAUGGCGAGUAAAGACCAACUAUUGGCGCAGGUGCUGUCGAAUUUGGAUGAUGGUAGUGGACUGGAGCGACCUGUGACAAGUGUCCACAACUUUUUGGAUGCACUGCAGUCCUCGGUCCUUCCCCUUCUUCUUCAGCAAGCAGACUUCUUUCCAAGAGCUGAAAGGGUGGAAUUGAGCUAUGCCCGCAUUCAAGGGGUGGUGAAAGUGAACACCCAUGGAAACAGCAAGGAGGCCUUGAGCAACUUGCAGGCUGGCCAAUCCACACAUCGUGAGUCCCAUUUCGACAAACUCAUGGGUGGCAGCACAGCACUGUAUCCAGCAAUUUCUUUGAUCAACCAUUCCAACGAGCCAAACUGUGUCUUGCUGCCGUUUCUCAAGGAUGGAGAACCCCAGGGCCUGGCAGUAUGCGCCUUUCGCCCCAUCCUGCGAGGAGGGGAGCUUACAUUGGCCUACUUGGAUGACCCUGAUGCAGUCAAAGCAAAAUGGGGUAUUUCUUGA